CGCAGGGCUGCGCUCACCGACUCCACACCGCCGACAGGGAUGCAGCGAGGGCGCAGCGCGGCCUGAGGAUGGCACCACCGCGGCUCCUGUGGAUCUAUCCGGCUCUCCCCCUCCUGACCACCCUGCUGCUGCUUUUCCGCGCGUCGCCGCCGUGCACAGCCGUGCGGAGUUACCCGGAGAAUGAAGUGGGAGGAGAUCAGUGUGAUGGAUGAGAGGAACACCCCGAUGAGGACCUACCAGGUGUGCAACGUGAUGGAAGCCAACCAGAACAACUGGCUGCGGACGCGGCACAUCAGCCGGGAGGGAGCGCAGAGAGUCUACAUCGAGAUCAAGUUCACCCUGAGGGACUGCAACAGCCUGCCCGGGGUCCCUGGUACCUGCAAGGAGACCUUCAACAUGUACUACUAUCAGUCCAACAAUGCCAACUUGUGGUUCAUCAAGGAAAGCCAGUAUGUGAAGAUUGACACUAUCGCUGCAGAUGAGAGCUUCACACAGGUGGACGUGGGUGACCGUGUCUUGAAGCUGAACACAGAGGUGCGGGACAUCAGCAACCUCAGUAAAAAGGGUUUCUACCUGGCCUUCCAGGACUUGGGCGCAUGUAUCGCUCUGGUCUCGGUCCGGGUCUUCUACAAGAAGUGUCCCCUCAUGGUGCUCAACCUGGCCCAGUUUCCCGACACGAUAACCGGGGGGGACACGGCGCUGGUGGAGGUCCACGGCAUGUGCGUGAACGCCUCMGAGGAGUUCGAGGCUCCCAAGAUGUACUGCAGCGCAGACGGAGGCUGGCUCGUCCCCAUCGGGAGGUGUGUGUGCAAACCGGGCUUCGAGGAGAACAAGGACGUCUGCCAACCAUGCAGACCUGGAACGUACAAAGCUUCAGCCACAGAUGCCUACUGCACCAAAUGUCCUCCUCACAGCUCCUCCCCACAGGAACAAGCCAUGGAGUGCGUUUGUGAGCGAGGCUUCCAUCGCGCUGAUUCUGACCCACGCUCAAUGGCCUGCACACGUCCUCCUUCUGCUCCAGAAAACCCCAUCUCAACCGUGAACGAGACCUGCGUCACCUUAGAGUGGUCUCCGCCCAGAGACACAGGAGGCAGGGGGGACAUCGCCUACAGCCUCCACUGCAGGAAGUGCUCCGGUGAUGGCAAGAAGUGCACUCCCUGUGGCGGCGGCGUCCACUUUGUGCCGAGACAAUUCGGUCUGUCGUCAGCCUCUGUGUUGAUCACGGACUUACAGCCGGAUUCCAACUACAGCUUUACUAUUGAGAGCCAGAACGGAGUGUCAGACUUGAGUCCGACUCCCAGAGGAGCUGUGGUGAUAAAUGUUACGACGUCACAAACAGUGAGUGUAGUGUUGAAGGAAAGACGGAGCAAGGACAGCGUGACUUUGGCCUGGCAGGGUCCAGAGAGACCCAAUGGAGUGAUCGUGGAAUAUGAGGUCAUCUACUAUGAGAAGAACCAGCGGGAGCAGAACUACACGGUCCUGAAGACUCGCUCCAACAUGAUGACGGUGGACGGGCUGAAGCCGGGGACCACCUACGUGUUCAGGGUCAGGGCUCGAACCGACGGGGGCUACGGGAGCUACGGCGGGGAGAUAGAACUGGAAACCAGCCACGAGGACGUCUUGGCCAUCGGGGAUCCUAACCAGUCCACCAUAAUGGUUGUGUCCGUAGCUGGGGGAAUUGUCCUCCUCAUCUUCCUGGUGACCUGCUUUGUUGUCAGUGGAAGACACUGUGGAUACAUCAAAGCCAAGCAGGACCCCGAUGAGGAGAAGAUGCAAUUCCAACAUGGCCGAGUGAAACUUCCAGGCAGCAGAACUUACAUCCAUCCUCACACCUACGAAGACCCUAACCAGGCAGUCCGAGACUUCGCCAAAGAGAUUGAUGCUUCCAAUAUUCACAUAGAGAGAGUCAUUGGAGCAGGAGAGUUUGGUGAGGUGUGCAGCGGGCGCCUGCGCGUGCAGGGGAAGAGGGAGAUCUAUGUGGCCAUCAAGAGUCUGAAGGCGGGAUACUCGGACAAACAGAGGAGGGAUUUCCUAUCCGAGGCCUCCAUCAUGGGACAGUUCGACCACCCCAACAUCAUCAGGCUGGAGGGGGUCGUCACAAAAUGUAAACCAGUGAUGAUCAUAACGGAGUUCAUGGAAAAUGGAUCUCUGGACACUUUCCUCAAGAAACAUGACGGUCAGUUCACAGUCAUCCAGCUGGUUGGAAUGCUGCGUGGCAUUGCCUCAGGUAUGAAGUACCUGUCAGACAUGAGCUAUGUUCACCGAGACCUGGCUGCUCGCAACAUCCUGGUCAACASCAACCUGGUCUGUAAGGUGUCAGACUUUGGCUUGAGUCGGGUUCUGGAGGACGACCCAGAGGCCGCUUACACGACAAGGGGAGGGAAGAUCCCCAUCAGAUGGACGGCUCCAGAGGCCAUCGCCUACAGGAAGUUCACCUCAGCCAGUGAUGUGUGGAGUUAUGGUAUUGUCAUGUGGGAGGUGAUUUCAUAUGGAGAAAGACCCUACUGGGAGAUGUCCAACCAGGAUGUGAUCAAAGCAAUAGACGAAGGCUACCGUCUUCCUGCUCCUAUGGACUGUCCUGUGGUGUUACACCAGCUCAUGUUGGACUGCUGGGAGAAAGGCCGCAGCGACCGGCCAAAGUUUGGGCAGAUUGUCACAAUCCUGGACAAGCUCAUCAGAAACCCAGCCAGUCUGCGGGAGCUGGCCAACAGCUCAGUGUGCAGGGAGGACCCGCCCACUCCAGAGUUCAGUGUGAACACGGUGGAUGACUGGUUGGAAACCAUCAAGAUGGGCCAGUACAAGGAGAACUUCUCCAGUGCUGGAUAUGUCAGUUUGGACUCUAUUCUCUACAUCAGUGUCAGUGAAUUGACUAAGAUGGGAGUGACUCUGGCUGGCCACCAGAAGAAGAUUUUAUCCAGUGUGCAGAGCCUGCAAGCCCAGGGGACACAUGUCCACGUAUAACAGUUUCCACAAAGACACACGGUGAGACAGAGUUGAACUGGAUGCUCCUGUGAAAGAGUCCCCACUGAAAUGGAGUUGUAUCAGAUACUUUGUGCUUUCUGGGUCUCCAUUGAUUUUGAGACACACUAAAAUGGAGACAACAUUGAUGCUUGACUCCUUCACCUUCCCAUGCUCCCCCUCCGUUCCCCGCAUCUGCAUCAUCGAUGGGCACUUCUGGCUUUAGCACUCAGAAUCCCCAGCAACACCGUCACUGUACUGUAAUGGAGCAGCGGAGAGACACGUUUUCCAGCAACAAGACCACGCAUAAAGCAUUCCAGACCAUUUCACAACUUGUCAACUUAACGAAAAAGAAAAAAACCUGAGAAAUGACAAAAAAAAUUUAAAUAAAUAAAAAAAUUGAAUAUAAUGAUCAUCACUGUUUGUGAGGUGUACAGUCAGGUUUUACCAUUGUUUUGUUUGUUUUGCGUUCUCACGAUGAAGGAUUUAAAAAGGGUCAUUAGAUAUGUACAUGUGUAUAUAAAUGUUUAUAUGGGCAGCAUAUCCCAUGACCGUAGAGAUGGACCUAACGUUUGUAUUGGUGGUGAAGAUUAUAUUGCUCAACCUUAACAGGAGUCAUUACCCUGUAGAUACGGCUUCUUUUAUUGCUGUCUGCUCCCAGAAAGCCAACGAACGAGCCGAGAUUGUGAAUGACUUGAAUGUGUGAGGAGAGAGGGGUGGAAUAAGAAACUGGACCUGUAGAGACGGAGGUACAUGUAGAUUUUGCUAGCUUGGAUGAGUGUUUUUGGCCAGGACAAGGGCUUCCUUCAAUACUGCUCUCAGAUACACUUCCAUAGCAGUUCAACCAGGUAUUUGUUAAAGUAUUUGCUUUGGUUUUACCAUUAAUGCAGCAAAAGUGUUACUCUUCCGUUAGUUUAUUCAAACAAAUUGGUACUGUUAACAUUUUACACCAGAUGUAAGUAUUAUCUCAGAUUUAGCCUUCCUAUGUUUCAGAUGUGUUAAGAAAGUUAUAGUAUUCCUGUAGAGCAAAGAUAAAUCAAAGGUUAUAAGCACUGAGACUGUUGAAGACAUACCUUGCUUUUUCCCAGGGUUGUGCCAUGUACAGUAAUCUAGAAAAGUUCUUCUAGGUACAGUAAUAUGCCAUCAAUCUAACUGCACUUUUUUAUCAGUCUUCAGGUUGGUUGGAUAGUUACACAAGGGAAGUCCUUUUUAAGUUUAUGUGUUUUCUACAUUGUCUGCAUGAUAAAGGAGGAUUGGAAUGGCGCCUUUUUCCUACAAGAAAACAUAUCUACAGAGGUGAUUUUCAAAUGUGCAAGAGGGUAAAUUUUACUACGUAUAUGUCUGACUUUCUGGUUAUCAUUUAUGGUGGUGUCUCAAAGAGAUGAGACUUUUGAAGACUUGGUGAAUGGCAUUUACAAGUAUCCAAGGUGUUUCAUUCUCUGGCAAAAAAAAUGUCUGAGACAAAUGUCCAGACCUUAAAAAUAAAAAGAAAAACCAUUAAUAAUUUUUGAAAAACUGGUUUGAAUCUACCAAUCUUCAGUUUAAAAGUGUCCUCCAUCAGAAUAAAUCAUAAACAUAAUAGCUGCCAUGGUGUGUAUAAUGUGUGCAGAGGUGGGCAACAAAUUUAAAGUGCAUAGAUUAUAAUUUUGCAUGCCAUGUGCAUGACAAUAAGCCAAGAUUUUUCAAAAAAAAAAAGGGCUGUGCUAAACAUGGCUGCAAGGCUUUCUGGUCACAAUUAUUCAGAAUUCAGUAAAAUUGCAACAAUAAAAUUUAGAUUUUCUCACAGUUUUUGCAAAUUUUGAACCAUCAACUAGUCUUCAACAGUCACAACCAAGGCACUACCUUUAGCAACCUAUGUGUUUAUUCUCAUUUCAAAACUAUGAAAUAUGUUUUCCAAAGAAUGUUUACAACAAUAAGCAAAUGUUUAUUUUUUUCUCCUUCAUAAGGCACCUGCUUAUGAUCCCAAUAAUUACACAAUUAGCUAUAAAGAAACCCUCUUUGUGAACACUGUAUUAAAGGCACUAAAUCUGCUUUUAGUGUGAUCCAAACCAUCAGUUUUAAUACAUAUGGUGAUCUGUAGGACCAACAGUGGCAUAAAGUACAGUAAAUAUCAUUGUAUUAUAGUGUAAAUAUGUACAGUGUUGAUUUCCAAUGUCAGAAUGUUUGUAUCGAUAACUAUGAUGAUGACUAUGAUGUGCAUUUAUUGUGAUAAAGAGAUUUCUGAAGUUCAUGAUCAGGAAGGGCCAUACAGGUAAAAGGUGAAUGAAGGUGAUUCAUUAGUCUGAACAAAGGAAUGUAGCACGGCGCAAAGCAUUAGCUUUGAUAGAUAGGUGACAGUGACUGCAGUUUCUGCGAUAGCGUUAGAAUGAGUAGAAUGGACUUAUUGAUUAGCAUGCUUUAUUCACAAAUCCAUCUUUGACAGUUAAUACUCGCAGUUUAAGCCCCAUAUCUACAUACAACACAGGUUUAGCAAUACUUUUUUGGAAAAAGGAAAGUAGAAGAGUUAAAUAUGAACUAUUCUCAGAUGAAAUUUCUAUUAUGAUACAAUUUUAGCAUUUGAUUACCAGUAAGUCUUUAUCUUAGCUAAAGGAUGUCUAGUCACAAAGGACCUGACAACUUUCCAUUUCAGUUCAGAGUUGCAGAGUUAUUUGCAAAUAAAAGCAAAUGUAUAAGUGCUGAAUUUCAUACAAAGUGUUUUUGAUCAUUUGAAUUUUAGCUCCAGCAUUUAUCGUAUCUGAAAGCUUUGUGACAAACUGAAGUGUCUCAGCACAAGAAGAAUAGUUGUAAUUGAUUAACUUGAAAACUAGUGGUGUCCCAAUACCAGUAUCAAUAUUAGUACCGAUAUUAGCAUUUUUACAAGUACCCGUAUACGUACUAAGUGCCCCGACACCGAAACCGAUACCUAUAAUGCUAUUGAUACUACAUUCAUUGUGUUACAGUUUGCGUUUCAAAUAAAAAAGUUUGGCAAUUCCAUGUUUAAGAAAGGUUGAAAGAAAAUUUUGUAAAUUUUUAUCAGUUCAUAUUUGGUUUGGUACAGUCAGAGAAGGUCUAUAAGGAAAGAGCCAACUUGUUCUAAAUAAAAAGCGUUUUGAAAGUCA